CUUAAACCUCUCUCUCUCUCUUACUCUCUUUGUCUCUUCUCGUCCCACUUCUUCCCCGUUUCAAUCCCGCCAUUUCUAUACUCCUCCGAGCAAUUCAACGCAUCUUCGAUCUCCACCAAUCCUCAUCUCCCGUUUCUGUGAUCGAGGUCUUCUUGAUUUCGCCGUCGAGCGCCUUUUUUGGCUUAUGAUCUCGUUGUUGCUGAAGAUUAGGGUUUUGCUUCCGUUGCUUGGUUCCUUUAUCACAUUAAACUCUGGGAUUCAGUUUCUUAGAAUUGGUGCAGAAAUUUAGAAGACGCGGUUUUCUAAUCGGGUAAAUUUGGCUUUUCUCUCGGUAACGGAAGUUGAUUUUUAGUGACCCAGACUGCAUCUCCAUGGCUGGUAGGUAGUUUUGCGGCUUCUGACACAAGGGGAGUGAUCAUUGAGGGGUUCCCUACGAGACUGGGGAGACUCCCGUACUAGGAACCUGAAUUUGAGGUAUUUGGUGUGAUGGAAUGUUGUUUCACUUUUUGCGGUGUCCAUGAGAUUUCAGGUUGAGGAGAAGCAUCGGAGUAGAAGUUGGCAUUUCAUGAGCGAUAAAUCUUUGAACCGUACACAGGUUACAGCUGCAGUUUCUUGUGGAGUGCUUAUACCAACGAGGUUUGUCUGGCCUUAUGGCGGGAGACGAGUUUACUUACUUGGCUCUUUUACAAGGUGGACUGAACAUUUACCAAUGACCCGCGUGGAGGGUUGUCCUUCCGUAUUUCAAGCUAUCUGCAGAUUAACACCUGGCGUUCAUCAGUAUAAGUUCUUUGUAGAUGGUGAAUGGCGGCAUGAUGAGCGGCAACCUCAUAUGGUGGGAAAUUAUGGGAUAGUGAACACUCUUAUUGUUACCCAAGAACCUAGUAUGCAGACCAUCUUAAGCCCCGAGACACCCAAUAACCGAAUGAACAUGGAUGUUGACCAUGAGAACUUUCGACAUGUGGAGACAACACUGACGACUGUAGAGGCUGAUAUUGGAGACUUUCGUGAUCACAUUUAUGAAUUUUUGUCCACCCAUACUGCUUAUGAUCUGCUUCCUGAUUCAGGAAAGGUCAUUACUCUUGAUGUUAAUCUGCCAGUAAAACAAGCAUUUCAUAUCCUGUAUGAACAGGAAAUUCCUGUUGCUCCUUUACUGGAUACUUGCAAGGGUGAAUUUGUUGGAGUACUUAGUCCAUUGGAUUUUAUACUAAUUCUGAAAGAGCUCAGUAGUCAUGGUUCAAAUUUGACAGAAGAAGAGCUUGAGACCCAUACUAUUUCUGCUUGGAAAAAGGCAAAACAACAACGAAGCUGGCCACUGGUUAUGCAUGAAAGAAAAUCUAAAGACCAUCUAAUCCAUGUUGGGCCUUAUGAUUCAUUGAAAGAUGUAGCACUGAAUAUAGUGCAAAAUCAGGUGGCAACAGUUCCAAUAAUUCAUUCACCAUCACAAGAGGAAUCAUUUCCACAUUUACUUCAUCUUGCAUCUCUUUCAGGCAUAUUGAAAUGUAUCUGCAGGCAUUUUAGACAUUCAUCUAGUUCACUCCCUGUAUUGCAACAAGCAAUAUGCACUACUCCUCUGGGCACAUGGGUUCCAAGAAAUGCUGAGUCAAAUAAGAAGCACCUGACAAUGUUGAGAUCAAAUGAAUCACUUAGCUCUGCCUUAGCAUUGUUACUGCAAGCUCAAGUUAGUUCAGUACCGAUAGUUGAUGACCAUGAUCGUUUGUUGGAUGCAUACUCUAGAAGUGACAUUACAUCUCUGGCUAAAGACAAGGCUUAUGCACAAAUUCACCUGGAUGAAGUGAGUAUUUACCAGGCACUGCAACUCAGAGAAGAUGCAAAUCCUCAUCAAGGAUCCCAUAAUGGGCAGAGAUGCCAUAUGUGUCUUCGUUCAGAUUCUCUACAGAAAGUAAUGGAGCAAUUGGCUAAUCCUGGUGUCCGCCGCCUUUUUGUUGUCGAAGCUGGAAGCAACCGUGUAGAAGGCAUCAUUUCGCUGGGUGAUGUAUUCAAGUUCUUGCUCCGCUUGCCGUAGUGGCACAAAGCGGUUUGUUGGUCAUUCAACUUUGUGAGUGUGUUCAAUCCAAUGCAUCAAAAAUGGGAAAUGGAAUUAUUUGUAUUCAGAUGCACUUUUUUCUUUUACGAUUUCUUUCCUGAUUCAAUAGGCCUCGUUGGUUUAGAGCCUGGUGUCUUUAGGCAAGGCCACAGCGAGGUCUGUACAUGAGAAGAGAUGGUUUGAUUUCAAAUGUAAAAUUUCUCUUGAUUUCAGUAGUUUAAUUAUAACGAUUUGGGUAGUGUUACCUCA